AUGAAUUGCUCAAUUGAUGAGAGUUUACAAGAAAAAGUCAUUGGAAACUUUGUUAUAAAGUAACGAAUCGGAUAGGGGUAGUUUGGUAAGGUAGUACUGGCACAGCAUAAACUUACCCUCCAUAAUGUUGCUAUUAAAAUUCUAGACAAAUCUAAAAUCAAAAAUGCACAAGAUCAUUAGAGACUAAAUAGAGAGAUGAAAAUUAUGAAGAAGAUGCGUCAUCCUUAUGUCAUUUAACUUUAUGAGAUUUAUGAGGAUGAGGACAGUAUAUAUCUAAUCAUGGAGCAUUGUACUAGUGACCUAUCCAAAGUGCUUCGAAGGAGCAGGCUGUCAGAGCAAUAGGCUUGCAAGUAUUUCUAACAAAUGAUCUGUGCAAUUGAAUACAUACAUUAAAUAGGUAUUGCACAUAGGGACCUGAAGCCUUAAAACAUCUUAAUUGAUCAUGAGGACAACAUAAAAAUCAUAGAUUUCGGUCUUAGUAAUUUCUAUUCAACCAGCUAAAUGCUCAAAUCAUAAUGUGGAUCUCUUUGUUAUGCUGCUCCAGAAAUUCUUGAAACCUCGGAUUCUCCUCGUGAAUAUAAUGGAUUAUUCACAGAUAUCUGGGCUCUUGGUGUUAUAUUAUAUAAUCUCUUAACUAACUAGCUUCCCUUCACUGAUGGUAUUCCUUAUAAAUUGACUGAUAAAAUCCGAAGAGUUGAAUAUGUUAAGCCAAAGAUCUUGAGUGAUAAGUCAUUAUCACUAAUUGAGAGAAUAUUUGUCAGAGAUCCAAAUUAAAGGGCGGAUAUAAAAGCAAUAAAACAGACAGAGUUUUUCAAUUUAAUUCCUUUCUAAAAUAAAUAAGGAAUAUUACCACCUGGCCCCUAUCCAAUUGAUGAAAUUGUCAUUUAAAAAAUCCAUAAAAACUUCAACAUCCUCCCUGAAUAACUUAGAGCAGAUGUAAUAAGAAACAAGUUCAAUUCUCACACUGCAAUCUAUCAUAUGCUAUGUAGAAAAUAAGAUAAAAUUGAGACUUUAAAAGAGGUGCCUAAAUAGAAGAAUAAAUUUAAUAACAAUUGUAUCAAAUAGCCAUACAUUGCCGUAAAAUCUCCUUAAGAUCCACGAAAAAACUUAGAUGGAGAAAUGGAAGAAUAGCAGAAAAUUGGACAAAAGAAAAUUGAAAUUUCAUUGAGAAGUUUGUAGCCCUAAGAUGACUUUAAUAAGCAACUCAGCUAUGACGUUGUAAAGCUUAUUCAUAAUGACUAAUCAAUAAUUGCUGACAAUAUGAUGUUUGGAGUUGAUCAACAAGGAAUCCCUAAGAUAAUCGAACCGAAAAUGAUUUAACAAAAGAAUUAACCAUACAACAAUAGAAAUUAGCAACUUCAACAUAAACUUACAUCUUAUCCCAGCAGUAUUAAUUCUUUCACGCUUUCAAACUUCAACUUUAAUAUGCAGUUUAGUGAAAUGCAAUCUAAAGAUGCUCUUUCAAAUAUUAACAGAACUAAUACAAAAAUGACAGAUAUGAGUAUGGGGCCAAUAAGCCAAAAUGAAAAAAACAAUAGAAGAAAUUUCCCAUAAAAAAGACUUAGUUCAGGUAGUAUUCUUAAUUAAAAUCAAUAAAGUUAACUUUUCCACUAUCAAUCAGGUUUAGUUCCAUCCAAAAAAGAUAUAUUAGAUAAUAUUUCUCCAAUUAAGGAAGAACCUAUUGAAAAAUUGAAAAUAUCUAGCCUGAUGGUCCCUAAUUUAGUUACAUCAGUGCAAAGCCCCAAGAAUUUGAUGAGCAGUAAUGGAAGUACUGUCAAUAGAUCUCCUAAAAACACUAAUGAAUUCCCAACGUUUUCUAAUAUGCCAAUUAGUCUUGUUAGAAGGUAGUCUCGGGAGAUCUAAUCAAAAUCUGUGAAUCCUAGACAGAGAAAAGAUAGUUAAAUUAAGGAGUCUAUCGUUGAACUAUAAUCUCCAACAAUUUAAGAAGAAAAACCAAGUGACUAUUAUUCUAAGGAUUAAUUGAGAAAUUAGAGUUGGUAUUAAAAAAUGUUUAAAACUAAAAUCAAUCUCAAUAAUAUCUCGAAUCUUAAUUACUUCUCGAAUCCUAAACCAAGGCCUGCACUGAGCUUAACCAAAUAAAGAUAAUAAAAAGACCUAAAAAGAAGAAUAUAUACAUUGAAUAAUAAUUAAAACUUGAGUAUAUAAAGAUCAAAAUCGCCCCUAAACUAAUCUUCUUUCCAAUCAUGCUCAAUAAAUUCCAUCGAUAAUCAAAUGGAUGAUUUAAAUUCAGUAACUAUUAAGUAUCAUGAUUCUGGAAAUAAAAUGCUCAAAGCUAAUUUGGUGUCUUAACCCUUCAUGGAUGACUAUACCUCCUCAUCUAUUCAAACUGGAUAAUCAUUUUUUCAAAGUCGAUAAGCUGCUUAACAUAGAUAUAGUUCUCAUAAAUCUUCUACAUUGAAUAUGAACAAUUAAAACAAUAACAAUGGAUGCAUUUCUCAUCAAAAUACUAACUGUGGUUGUAAUCAUAGAUAUCUAAACUCCUAAAGUAUUCCGUAAGUAAUAUAGAUAGAUAAUAGACCUUCAAUGAUUAGGCCAUAAAACUAAAUUUCUAUUAAGAAAACCUAAAAUCCUUAGAAAAAAUAAGAUAUCUAUGUGAUACUUGGUGACUAAUUUAUGAACCAUAACUAAUAAAUAACAUUAUACUAGCAAAUAUAAGAGAAUAAAACAAAAAAGGCAAAGUAGAGGAAAAACUCACUUAGAAAUAAUAUUAAUCCAAGUUCCAGCCUUAAGUCCAAUUAUCAUCUUGACUCGCAACCUAAAAUAAUAAUUACUGAUGAGAAGAUGACUUAAAGUAUUGGGAUAAGCACCUAGUAAUCAUAAAGCAGGGAAGGACACUUAGCUCCUCCAGAUUUAAAUCUACAGAUGAGUAUAAAAGAAAGUAUAAGAUUAAAAAAUGAUACACUUCAGAAUUUCUAACCUAUCAAUAGUCAGAGACCCGCAUCCCCUUCCUAAAUGAGUUCCCUGAAGUAACAACAGCAGAUAUAGCUUAGAUAAAUGUAAUAAUCCUAGCUUGAGCAAAUAUAAACCAUUACUGAGUAAAAUAUGAAAGCAUUCAUGCUAAAAUAAAGCGAAGCUCACAAAAUAAUAAGCUCUAAGAGAAGGAGAUUCAGCAACUGA